UUCGGUACGCCGUCACGACAAAGAAAAUAUCGAACAAUGUCAGAAAUUUAAGGAUAAGGUUAAUUUCAAGUGCAUGAAAAGUCCUUAUAACUCAUUGGAAGUUAAAAAUUGGAAUCCCUACUCGUAGGGUAGAGUUUCAAGCAUGAUAAAUUCGGACGGUUUGGAAGAUCGCCAGGGCGGUUGGCAAAAUCGUCGCCCACAAAGAUUUAUGCAUGGAAUGGGACCAACUUUUGGUGACAGGAUGAAUGUCCAUUCUGAUAAAGAACUAAAUGAUUUAUUAGACUUCAGUGCAAUGUUUUCCCCACCAACUGGAGGAAAUGGUGGCCACCCUGGUAACCACCCCGGUAAUCACCCUGGUAACCACCCUGGCGGACACCCUGGUGGCCACCCUGCUGGGAUGAACUAUAAACAAGGUAUGGAUGACGGAAAUUGGCAGCAAGCAAACCCCCCUCCAGGACAUUACAAUAAUCAUAAUCCAUAUGAUGGACAAAAUUAUGACGGCCAGAAUGAUAAUAUGCAUCCUUUUAUGACUAAAGACCACAGACAACAAUAUGGACCAGGCAUGAAUUCACAGCAACAGGGAAUGAUGGGUAACAAUAUGCCGAUGUCACCUGACACCCUGUCACCUGGAGGUAAAGCUGCAUUCUUCCGAGGACGACGGCAAAGUGGUCACAGUGCUCCAGGAAAACGAUCAAAGGUUUAUCCGCCAGCCCCCAGUCCAGAAGACUACCAAGAUUCCCCCAACAGAUACACUUCCCCAAAACCCCUAUAUGGGGAUGGGGGGUAUUAUAUGGAUCCAUCGACUCCUCACAGUCAACCGGAUCCUUGGUCAUCGAAUAAUGUUCCUCCCACAUCAACAUAUCCUUCAUCCAUGUUGCCUGGCAACAGUCAUCAGUACAACUCAAACAUGCAUCAUGAAAUGCAGGGCUACCCUGCCAUGUCACCGUCACAACACGACAACAUGAUAAACUCCGGUCUUCCUCCAAUGUCUACCUUCCGAGGUGGUCAGCCAACAACAUCUGCGUAUUCCAGUACAUCUCCCACAGUUAAUGGUACGGAAAUGAUACGACCCCCAGCCAGUUCACAGACAGGUGACGCCUUAGGAAAAGCAUUAGCCUCGAUAUAUUCACCAACAGAUCAUACAAGCAGUAAUUAUGGUUCAAACCCUUCAACGCCAGUAUCAUCUCCAUCCCCAUUAGCUGGUUCAUCAGGCCAGUGGCAGAGACCAGCACAACAGAGUUCUACCUCACCCCAUUUUGUUGAAGGAGGAGGAGGAGGCACACUCCAUUCUUUACAAAGAGGAAUGGAAGAGAGACUGGACGACGCGAUUCACGUACUCCGAGAUCACGUUGAGCUGGAGAGUCGGAUGGAAGAAAGAUUAGACGAUGCAAUACAUGUUUUACGACACCACGCUGAGCCGAUUCAGAUGGUUGGCCAGCAAGGAAUGAUGCAACCGUCACAUUCCAAUGGUAUUAUGGGAUACGGUGGCGGAAUGGGAUCAAAUACCAUUGAUGCCUUGGCAACACAACACAACUCAUUAUCAGAGAACCGAACCAGUACUUCAGAACAAUCUAAACCUGAUUUACACAAUUUAGAACAAAGUCAAACUCUUCAACAAAAGACGGCUGAGAAAGUUGAUAAAAAAGACAGUAAAGGCAAAGAAACAGAGACAGCCGCCAAACCACCUCCAGCUAAACGAUCUCGAUGGACAGCUAAAGAGAAAGUCCAGCCUGCAGGACCAGCAUCACCAACAUCUAGCAUUGGAGACGACCCAAAUGAGUCUCCUGAAACUAAACUAGAAAGAGAGAGAUUGAGGAGGCAAGCCAACAAUUGUAGAGAAAGUAAUGACGUGGGUGAGGAGGACGAAACUCCAGAAGCCAAAUUGGAACGGGAAAAAUUACGGAGACAGGCUAAUAAUGCUAGAGAAAGGGUACGAGUACGAGAUAUAAACGAAGCCUUUAAGGAAUUAGGAAGCAUGGUAACAUUACACUCAGGAAGUAGUCAGCCUCUCACGAAACUAAUGGUUUUACAACAGGCUGUCAAUGUCAUUACAACACUAGAACAACAAGUUAGAGAAAGAAAUCUCAACCCCAAGGCAGCCUGUCUUAAGCGACGGGAGGAAGAGAAAGGGGAUGAGAUACCUGGGGGGCGGGGCAUGAGUGCAGAUGACAUUGCUGCACAGCAAGCAGCUUUGGCAGCUAGUCCGUCCAUAGGAAAUCGUGUGGGAUCAAUGCAUGGGAAUUAUUCUUAUAUGUCUGGACAAGAAAACAAUCCUUUAUCGAUGUCGGACAAAUAUGGUGACGUUAAAUACGACUGUCGUGAAAGUCCUUCCAAACCUGUCAUGGACGGGUCACAGACAAUGUCGUCCAUGCAUCAUAACAUGUAUGGAAUGAUGCAGGACCAAUGUGGCCCAGAUAUAUCAUGUCUCGCCCAAGGUAUGUCGUCCGACACUCAACAUCAACACCAACAUGAUACAGGGAACUGCUAGCAGAAAAUUUAAGACUGCUUUCUCAUGGUACCAGUCCAUCAAAACAAAACAUUUGUGGGUCACAUUUUGUUGUCUGUCGUCUGCAGGAAGUUGUAAAUGAUCUUUUGUUAUGCUAUGUUGAAGAGGAGUUUCUUGUUUGCAUAAGGAUUUGUUAGUAAUUGAGAAUCUCGAUUUUGAAUUUGCAUCUCUAAUGAUUAGAUAUUUUCCUUUAAUAACUUCACAUUUUUAAUCAAGAUUUAUCCUUUAUCGAAGAAUGAUAUAACCUAGGGUUCAGAAGCAUGUUAAAUAAUCCCACUGUUAUUACCAUGCCAAAAUAAAAAUCAUUGCCAAAAAAAAUAUUCGAAUUUGAAAUUCAGAUUCUCAGAUAUAUUGUAAAAAGAGGAUAAAGUUCAAGAUGCAGUGAUUUUUUUUAUAAAGUUCAAGAUUUAAAUGAUGGAGUUAAGGAUUACACUGAUGCAAUAAAAUUGUGUUUAUAUUUUUGUUACUAACUAUGGUUGUAAUUGUUCAUAUUUAAAGUGCUUUUGUCCAUUAUUUAAAUUAAGUUUUUGUAUUAUUAUCUUUUAGAUUUUUAUGGAGUAUUUACUUCAGAUUGUAUGUGUGUAUGAUAAUUUCUUUCUGGGAGAACUACACUGUUUGUGUCAUACAAUAUCUAAAACAUUUUAUAUUAAAUUAUGAUUGAAUGAAGAUGAAAUGAUAGAAUUAGGAACAUGAAAGGUACCAAGUUGAACCUUAUUUUAACAAUGUUAGAAAUAAAAGUUUGAUUUUUUACAAAUAUUUUUUUCUGUACUAACAUAUCCAGACAGCUGUUUUUGUUUUGGGAAUUUUUGCAUACAAAAAAAAAUUAGUUUAUUUGGUUCCAGUCACCAAAGAUUACUUUUGAUCAAACAAGACUUAAAGAUUUAUCAGUUCCCUUUGGUCACUUAUCAUUGGCUCAAGCCAGUUUUUACUGGACUUGCUGAUUUUUAAGUUGUGUAAAGUUGUGAACCACAAGUUGUAUUGUCUUCACACAGAUCUGUUAAAUUUAAGUCUGUUUUUAAACCAUUUCACUCUUGUUGAUCUAAUUGAAUUAUAAUGAAUUUGUUUACAGUUCUAAUGAAUAUGGAUGAAAUAUGGUGCUCUUAAAGCCAAAAAAUUGUCUAGUAAAAUUCUUUUUAAAGCUAUGUUGUUAUGUCAAUAUAAAAUACAGUUAACAACUGUUUUACAUUCUGAUGAUGCUUUGGGUAAUUAAGCUCGGGAGAGUAGCAUAAAAUUUCAACACAGAGAGUAAUAAUUAUUUGUAUGUACAUCAUAUUACACACGUACGUUUAGUUUCCGAGGCAGCCAUUUAUAAAAAUGCCUUUCUUUCCAUAGAUAAAAAAAAAGCUCAAAAUAAGAAAUCUCUGAAUAUAGAUCUGAAUUAAACAGCUGCAAAUUUGCUGUCAGAACUAAAAUAAAUCUCCAUGACACAGACAUUUUAAUUUCAGAUUUUCAGAAUUUUUUUUGACUUUUUGAAAACAUUUUGAUUAACCAUGAAAAUUAUUAUAAAUGAUUUUUCUGUAUAAAUUUUUGUUUUGAUAAAAAUCGAUUUAAAAAUGUACAAUUUAAAAAAAUGCAUUAAUUUCUGUUUCAUAUAUAUAUUUAUUUUCACAGGGUUAAACUUGCAAUAAAAAUUGAUAUGAAAUGAUAUACACACUGAAGUUUUUGUGAAAUAGAUUUUUUUAGUUCAAAUCAUUAAGUUUUAAUAUAUUUGAUCAUAUUCAUCUAAUUUAAAUCAGAUUUCUGCAGUUAAGACAUCAUGAAAAGUUGAUCAUUUAAUUCAAACACCAGUCUAAAACAUUUUGGUUACUGUUUUCAAGUCAUCAAAGGUUAGAGUUCAUGACUUGUUAUAUGCAAAUUUUUCAUUUAUUUUUAAUCUCAGUUUUUUUCACAAAUAAUAUUUUUUUUAUUUUUUAAAUACAUAUUUUGUUUGAAAAGGGUUAUAUUUCCUUUAUUGAUGCUAAAUAUGUCCAGCCUCUGUUUUAAAAGGUUUAUUUUUUGUAAACAAUUAAUAGAAAACAACUUUUGAUGUUGUCAUGACUGCAGAAAUAUAAACAAUGUGGUGCAGUUCAUCGUCUGCUCAGAUAUUUUGUACAUAGUGCAUCAAAACAUUGUAAUAUACCCAUCUGUCUGAGUGAUACAGGUAUGUACAAGUCACAAGUGUGUGUAUGUGUAAUUUUACAAGUGUGGUCGUUGUGUAUAUGUGUGAACAAAAUCAGUCGGAAAUAUUGGUUAAAUUUGGUCGAUAACAAUGGAAAAUUACUUUCAAAUUUUCUUAUAGAUAUUUUUUCAAGUUGAAAUUUUAUGAACUGUUAGACAUAGUUUAUUUGAAAAAUAUCACGGAAUAGAAGUUCCUGCAUAAUAUAAGUUCCAAAUGGAAACAAUAUUCUGGAAUAUUAUUUCCAUUGGAAUAAAUAUUACAGUAAAUGUUCCUAACGGAAUAAAUGGUAUAGAAUAUUUGUUCCAAAAGGAACAGAUAUUAUGACAUUGUUUAUAACAAAGUUUCCAGUGGAACUUCUGUUACGCGGAACAAAUAUAAGUUGACAGUUAUACAUGUAUUUAGCUAGAUUUUUUUUCAGAUAAGCCGAGGUCUUAAGUAUUUUUCUUAUAUCAUACAAAAUAUUUGUAUUUUAUGAUUUAACAAUCAAUAUGGUCAAGUAUUUAUAAAUAUAAUAUAGAUAGAUAAUGUCAUAAUAAAACAAUUAUUUUGUUUACGUAAAGUAGUUAUGAGAUUUAUAAACUAAAUAAACAAAACCAUAGGAGACCUCGGUCUGUGGCCUUGGUGAAUUUAUUAAAUUUUUAUCAAUAAAUAUGAUAUCAAUUUCAUCUAAAUAAAAAAAAAGAUAAGUAACCUUGGUCUGCGGCUUUGGUGAAUAUGGUAAUUUUGAUCAAUAGAUAUGGUAUCCACUUCAUUAAAAGUUUGGAUAAAAAGAUAUCGACUAAUUUUUUUUUGUUUUGUUCAAAACAAGUGAAUAAUUUGUUUGGAAUGAGUGAUUGUGUUGGCAUGCAAGUUUGUAUAAUUGAUAAACAAACUUUUUAACAUUUUUUGACCAAUUUGAUUUUUACCAAACAUAUCUCUCAGCUGUUUUUUUAGGUAGACCAUUUUCAUUAUUUUUUUCAUUCCUGACAGAUGUUUUUUUUUUAAGUUGUACCUUAAAAAUGUAGGGUAGCCAAAAGACUUUUAUAAGAUGGUGCUGAGUUGUUCGUUCUUUUUUUUUUUUUUUUUUUUUUUUUCUCUCGAUCUGUUGUAUGUUUAGAAGUGUUUAGUUGAAAAUUCUAUAGUCAUUUAUUGUUCAGGCAUUUAAAUGAAAGAUGGCUGUACAUUUUUGGCUACAAACAAUUGUUAAGAACUUUUAAAAGUUGAGAUUUUCUUAGGAAUUUGAUAUAUUAAUGAAGUUUUGAUGUGAAAAAAAUCAUUUCACUUUUAUUAUAUAAAAGUUCCAUUUAAAAAAAAAUGUCUUGUUUUAAGCCACAACCAAAAUGAAAUUUUUUACAACUAAGAAAAUUGUUUUCAUAUAUUAACAAAUUGUAUACAACUAUAUUUGGCAAUUUUGGAUAUUGUUUAUGUGUUUAAAUUUACAAAUAUAUAAAUUAUAUACAACCUCAUAACUGGAAAAUUUUGAACAUGUCAAAUAUCUGCCAUCAAAUUAACACAAAUUUAUUCAAUUUUGUGGGAAUUUAUAAGUACAGAUAUUUUUCUGAUUAUCUGUUUCAAUUUGAGAUUUUCCAGAAAUAACUAAUUUUGGGUUGGAUUAUUCUUUAUUUGUACUAGAAUUGAUGCUGAUGUUAUCAGAAAAUUGUCGGUAUAGAUAAAAAAAAAUAGUGAACCGGUAUUAAAAAUAUAAAGUGGGAUGAAAUUCAUUUCUGGAACUGUCAUUGUUUUUAUAUGAAUAAGAUCUGUUUAAUGUUUUGUGUUGAAGAUAUUAAUUCUUUUUUUUUUUACAAUUGUGUAAAAAUUACAUCAUGCAAUGAAUAUUUGGAACUAUUUAGAUGGAAAUUUGCACCAAAUGAAAUUGAUUUGUUUCACAAUGAAAUCAAUUUUCUAAUGUUUUUGAAUAUGUUCAGGAAUCCUGAAAGUCUAAAAACAUGUAAAAUUGAUUAUUAUUUUUUUAUUUAUUGGCUUCAGUAAAACUAUGAUUUUCAUAUAAUGUUGCAAUAUUUGAAUCUCAAACAUAUUGUAGGCAUGAAAUGUUAAUUCAUCAUAGGGACAUAAAUCAUGUAUGAGAGGGGAGAUGACUCCAAUCAUUCUUCAUCCAAAUUUAAAGAGAUCGUGCCUAUUUUGUAGAUUAAACAAGUUAAUAAUUAAACAUUUGUACAUUUGAUUGUAUUUAUCAUAUAAUACACUUCCAACAUAUUUUUUUUCAAUAACUGUUACAUAGAGAAUUUAGCCAAAACUAAAACCAAAUGCUAUUAAAAAAUAGUUUUUUGAAAUUACAUGUGUAUGUUUAUAAUGUUGAAGUGAAGGCAAGAAGUGGGCAGGGCAACUUCUACCCUAAACUUAAAUGUAGGUCAGAAAAAAAUAAUUUUUAAAUGAUAAAGUUCAAGAUUUAAAAUGAUGGAGUUCAGGAUUACACUGAUGUGAUAUCUGGUUGUGAAGUUUUGAAGCAAAGAUUUUCAAGCAAUAAAGAGACAAUAGUCAUAAGCUAUAAAAUACAAAUAUGAUCUGAAUAUUUAUACAUAUCGACUGCCAGUCAGAACACUGCCACGCCCCUUGCCCUGCCCACAUCUAUCUUCUAUCUUUGUUUGACUACUUUAUGGUAUAGUCAUUGCUGAAAAUGACACUUAAUAAAAUUUUAUUAUAGUU